GAUUAAUUACACAUGUUGUAUAUAACUUUGAUCUAUUAGUGUUUCUUAUGGGCAAUAUUAAAGUGUGUAACUAACUAACUUUGACAGUCAUUCAAGUGAUCAUUCAGUGUUAAGAUCAACAGCACUUUCUUUCUUAAACAUGUCUGUUGAUCAUUAAUCAUAAGGGUACCAUCACGCCCUAGAGAUAUUGCCAGUCAGUACACAUUAUAAAAUGGGUAAGGACAGCAAAGAACUAUCAUGAACUCAGUCUUCGCUCUAAUAAUGCGAACAGUAUCUUUAAUGAAUACUUGUGCACCAGUCAUUAGCAUAUAGUGGUUUGGGAAGUUUAUUCCACUUAACAAAGUGUUGCAGGCACAAUCCAUAGAUUUCAACAUUUACAAAUGAUAUAUUGCUAAUAUCAUGUUUAGUUUGAUGAUAAUGAUAUUAUUAUUAUUAUUAUUAUCAUCGUUAUUAAUAAUUUUCUAACAAGAACUACUGGUCAAUUCUACCAUUAGUUAAAUGUGGGUCACAAUAUCAAAAUUCCAUACCAUCCUCAUUUUUAUAAUUACAUUAUAAACAUUUUUUCAUGCUGAACAGGUUUGCCUACAAUCUGCCAAUCAGAUUUCACAUGCUACGUCUAGUACAAUGUAUUGGCCAUUGCUUUCUCAUUGAAAUCCAAAUACAAAUUUCGCACUCUUCAUAUCUUCCUGAUUUUCUUUGUAUGAAAAGAGAAUCUCUUCUAAUUCUGUUAAUCAGUCAUAAGCUAAACUCAUUAUUAAAGACGUAUUGUGUUUUCAUGUUCAGGUUUCAUUUUGGAAGUGUAGGAGCCCAAGUUAUACCUCAUGUCAUAAACUAGCAUUAUAAGAAUAUUUUAAAUAUAGCAAGCAAAAUAGAACUGAAACACAUUUCCAUCUUGGCUAUCUCCAAAAUUGUCUACAUGGUGAUAUGGGUCAUGACACUGUCAGAUUCGCACAGGCAGAUCUUGUCACUUGCUUGGACAUGGAAGUACUGUGUAUAGCAGUGGGAUGCAACUGGGAUAGGAAGGGAGAAAUGUGCACUAGUGACGUAAAAUUCCAGUUUCUGGUGUCACUUUAACUACCUAAGUACAUACAAAAUCAUUCUGAUUAAAAUUCACUCAUACUGCAUGUAACAGCACCAACAAGGCUCAGACCAUAACAGGACCAAUGAUUUACUCUGGUAUUCAUACUGGCCUCCACACAUUUGACUGGCAUGAGUCUAUCACGGUUGUAUUCCAGGACACCUACAGGUCUCUAUGCUAUUCUCUUCCUAGCAAAAGGGUUAAAAUAUUAGUCAUAUAAAAAUUUGGCUGUUAUGGUGCUGUUCUUAGAAGAAGACAGAAUUGAAAAGGAGGGGCACAUUUAAAUUGACAGUUCUUUCCUCAGAGGGAAGACUGUUACACUUGACUGAAAGUUAAUAGAGAACAAGACCAAGUUUCAACAGUACUUACAUAUGUCAAAGUAUCACUUCAGGCUUACGCUCAUGAGAAUUCAAGAUAUUCUGACCACACAACAUUUUGUUCAGGGAAGAAAUGAAAAAAUAGAAAGAAGGCAAUUUUCUUAAGUUUAGUGGAUCAACUCACAUAAUUGCAUCCUGUUCUAUAUUUUCAUUGAUUCACAUUAUUUUAUACAGUCAAAAUAAUUCAGCUAUUGCAAGAAGUAUAAUAGUGGUAAAUGUUCUACACCCUGUUUAAGUUUGCAGUUAAUGUUUUGAGAACUGACGACUGCAUUUAAACUGAAACAUGUAAUCAAACGUCUAUGUUCUACUGACUGUAUAAAUUAAUUUGAAUUAAUUAUUAAAUGAAGCCUCACAUUUUGUUUCUUGAUAUCAGUUGCACAAUUCUGUAUCUUUAAAUUCAACAUAAAGUGUUUGAAAAUAACUAGAAAUAGUGGAGGUUAAUGCUAGGAGCCAGGAUACUUAAGUCGGUAUACCAUCUAGGCUGCAGGCAGAAUGACAAAGGAAUCGGGAAUCAGUUUCCAGUAUGGACAAGAAGUUUUCUCCAAACACCAGACCAUCUCUGAGGUCUAUCCAUCCUCCUACACAGUUGGGUAAUUUGGGCUGUUUCCUUGGGGUAAAGUGACAGAGGCAUGAAGCUGACCACUCACCACCAGCUGGUGUAGAAAGGGGUAGAGCUAUACUUCCACUACACCAUACAUCUUCAUGGCACUGUACAUAAUUUAGGCUAGACAUAACCUUAAUUUUACCCGAGAUGGUAAUGCUUCAGGUGGCUAUGAAGGGGACGGGGAAAACAGUGUGUUAAAUCACGGAGAUACUCAUGCUGUGUGAAGGUUUUCAUUGCUGUGGCUUUUGUGGAGAAGAGGCGGUAAACUGCAUUUUUUUAAUUCCUUUAAGGGAACGCUCUUUGUAGUCACUGCUGUUAGAACGUCAAAUCCAAGGACUUGUCUCGUUGCUUUCUGAAGUCCCACCCAUGAAAUUGCUGUGAUAUUACCUCAGAUGAGGCCAUGGCUAUUUAGUUCACGUCCAUUAAAAUUCAUUACUUACGAUCAUCCACUCAUUUUAUACUGUUUAGGAUGAGUACUUGACACUGCCCUUGAAUAUAUACAAAUAAACCAUAGAUAGUUUCCCACAUUGAAAGAAUGGCAUCACAGGGUAGGUACAUAUAUUAAAAUCUAACAAUUAACAGAUAACGAAGAAUUCUGUAAAUAAAAUAUAACUGUGUGUAGGUUUGUGUAUUAAAGCCGUAACUCAAACAUGAAAAAAAAACAGUGGUGAAAUUUGGCCCAUUAACUUUCGAAAACAUUACCGUAUGUAUGUAUAUACAUAUAUAUAUAUUAUUAUAGUUAAGAUAUUAAAAGGAAGUUAAUAUUCGAGAAAUCUUCUUGAUAGAGCUGUGUGUAACUUUUCUUGUGGAAGGUCGUCACUAUUAAUUCUAAAAAUUGUUAUACGAGUAACUACAAAAAACAAAAAAACAUGGAGCCGACAAAUUACGUCACAUUCGCUUGCGAGCGGCUCUUGCUACAGAUGAGUUGGCUACCCGUCUCCAGGGAAACACGGCGAAUCAGUUUUGUUGCUAUGUGCAGUUUUCCGUGACAGAAGCUAGUGGUGUAUAAAUUGCAGCGUACAAUUAAAAGAAAGUCAUUAUUCCAGAAACCUUCGUCGGAGUAAGUCCUACAGACGGUCAAACAAUCCAUCAACUAUGGGUUCCCAUAAGAUCAAGCUGAACAUAACCGAAUUACCAACAGAAGUGCUAGUAUUGAUAUUCAGAAACUGUUCCAGUCGUGAAGUGGCAGAACAGUUAAGACUUGUAUGCCGACGGUUUUCACAGGUAGCUGCGCUGGUUCUAAAUUCUGAACUAUCGACCUUGGGGAAAAGGAUUGGCCGCACUAUGGAUGCUGUGGAGGAACGUGUGAACACGACUGAAACUAUGUCACAGUUUCUGACACUCAAUCGAAUUUUUGGUGUUCUUGAAAUGGUGAGGUCACGGUAUCGGCUCCUGAGAGCGGUGACCUGGCGAUACGUGAGUAGCCCCUGCAGUGGCUCUGUGCCCCUAUCCUGCUUCUACGGCGGGCUGCUCUUGGACGAAUUGCGGCACAUCCUCCGGUUCGCCUCCGCGGCGUCAGGCAACAUCGGCUUCGACCGUCACUACGUCUACCGGAUUUCUCAGCUCUGUACGAGGUUCAUGAACCACUUCGAAGAAAUAACAGAACCUCAGUUUAAUACUGAUUAUUCCGUUUCUGGGUCCAAAAUUAUUGACCUUCUUGACUGCAUAAUGGACGAUGAAGAAUGGACAGGACCAUAUCAACAGGCAGUAACAAACAGGAAGACAGAAUGCAAUAUCAAGGCUCGUUACAGACUGCAGAGGACGUGGCUAAUCUGUCUCGGUGAACGAGAGCCUAAGAGUGAGUGCACGUGGAGUGAAGAGCAGAGACACCUCUACCGCUGUCUACGUCAGCUUAUUACAGUAAAUAACGAUUUCGUCAUGAAACAGAAUCUGUACAAAUUAGAACGCAUGUUUCAGGACAAAGCCGAACUCGUGUGGCCAUCCUCAUACACAGGCUUUCACAAAAUUGCUGGCCAGUUGAUUCUAUGUGGCAGCAUGUACCUGCCCACAUUUGUCGAGCACCGACGACGGCAAUAUGCAGAUAAAGAUACUCUACCGCUACAUAAGUUUAUAGAGCAGGCACCAUUAGAUUUACACAUCGACAUUGAAAUGAAAUGCCCCAAAGAGUUAGCUCCAAUAGUAUAUUUGGAAACGUAUAAUUUAAACAAUAUUGAGUCUCUAUGUAAUCACAUGGACCCUGCUCUGUUACAAGGAAGCCAGUCAACAUUCUUCUUUAAAAUGGAUAUGUGUGGCACUGACAAAUCUGAAUAUGCAGUGCCUUUCGCGGUUAAGUUCGAGAUAAAAUCGAGUGAUUUCUCUGCUCAGAAACGAGGACUAUUUCUCCAAAGGUGUGUAAAUGCUGUAAGAGCUUUUCUGUUCUCACCCUUGUUGGUGAUAUGGACGUUACUUGGUCUUAAAACCACGUCGAGAUGCCUUGGGAGUAGAGAGAGGACAACGUCAUGAGUUUGAGCAAUGAGGUUCCAUCUUAAGGGCUUAACGGGCCUUGCUCAGACGAGGAACAGGUUUUUGUGAAGAAGUCUCUGGACCACACUUAAUAUUGAUGUAAUAAUGUACUUGAUUUAUUUAACAGCACUACACGGGAUACAAAGCAGUCACUCACAAUCACUGAUACACCUUUGGCGCGUACUGUACACCACCUUGUUAUUCACAGCACAACUCUAAUGGUGUAUAUGAUGCGUCAGUCUCCCAGCCCUCGUGUCUGCAUCUUAUUUCAUGCGUGGUGCUGUGGUUACUUGUCUGUCUGGUAUUGUCGGGUAUUGUGGUUACUUGCCUUGCUUGUCUGUUAUUUGUCUGUUUCAUGCUGUGAUUACUUGUGGUUGCUCGCCAUCCGGGAUCAAUCCUUUAAAUACUGUGGGAUGACGUAACAUUCUGGAAUCCUCUAUAUCCAGUUCAUUCUCGAAGCUUUUUCAUUCUGCUAUUUGAGAACAUUCUGGAGGUUUCUUUUAAUCAGGUUGGUGGGGUGGGAGUAAGCCGCUCAUGUUACCACACCGGCUAACAGAGACUUUUUGAGUAGCCCUUAUCUAAACAUUCCUCGCUGUAAAUUCUUUGAAUGGUUAAUGCAAAACUGAGCAUAAGUCACGAUUAGUAUAAGAUUGGUAUUAAGUAACAAGCAUUAAUAUUCGAGAAUUACGCUGGUAGGCAAUCAUCGGUUACAACGCUAAACUUUUGAAAAAAUGUUGAAUAUAUAAAUUAAUAACGGUGUUGCUUGUAAUUAAUCUAAGUUAUUUUUUAAAUAUUUAUUUAUUGUUCUAAUUAUAUAAAAAUAAAAUGUAUCUUUGCGAAUCGUUAACACAUUCUCAGUACUCAUAUCUGCAUGAUGGAACCAGGUUCCCUGAUCCUGUUACCUCUCGUCAUGCCGUGCCUGCUUACAAUAAUUUUAUAAGGAAACUCUUUUAUGGUAUAUGUCUGUGGGUCAUUCGACAACCCUUUCAGUAGCUACACUACAUAACGUCAAAUUGGGAUGACAGAUGAAUAAGGACAUGGAAGGAUUUGGAAAGACGAGGUCUCAGCCCAAUUGAGAUUCUAUUCCAUUUGCCUGGAGGAAAACAAGGAGAAGCCUCAGUCAGUAUAACAGUGUCCUGGCCAACACGGGACUCCAACCGAGUACCUCGCGAAUAAAAGUCAACAGCAGUACCGCCCCGCCAACCCUCUCAACAUCCUGGAACAAUUAUGUUCGUCCCCUUAGUGAACGCUGAAUCAGCUGAGCGAUUUUAUAAAACUCUGUAUGAAUAUCAGAAACUAAAACAGGGGUGAACAUAACCCGAGUCGAAACCUCUUUCACCAAGCAACUGGUCUCGGACAGGAUAUUUGCGGUUCGUAUUUGGGUCAUUCCAGGUGAUAAUGUUGGCCUCAGCGCCCAGUAUCUUCACUGACGUUUUCGUGGCUUUCAUCACUAUGCUACAGCGCGGGAAGCUGCACUUCGGUUCCCAAUGAAAUCAUUGAAUGUUUCAAUCUACGUAAUCCCUUCACCUCCACUAUGGCCCUGGAGACUGUUCAGUGUCUAAGGGAAAUGAGUACCAGGAAUCUUCCCAGGA